AUGGCUGAACAAAUUCGUGAUGUAAUUCGUUUGACACUUAUCAAUGCUACCAGUAAUUCCGCCAGUGGUACUGAUAAUAAUGAUAAUGAUAAUGAUGAUUAUAUCAAUGAUGAUAUAAUACAACAAAUUGUAAAAAUUGUCGAGUAUGAUACACAAUUAGAUGCUGAUAACCAAAUACGCAAAGAUAAAGAUCAAAGAGGUUGCUUAAAUCGUCCACGAAAUUGGAAAAGUCUUUGUACAAGUAUGCUCGCUAAUCCGGUGGAGAUCGGUACACACAAACCAUUUGCCCAACAAAUGUUGACGAGUUUAAUGAAUACUGGUGAUAAUGAUAGUGGUGAUGAUAUGAAGGAAUUAAGAAUUGAAAAUGAUACGGCUUAUUAUGAGGAAUUAUUGGCUAUGAGAAAAUAUUUUCAACAAACUUUACUAUGUGAAGUUGAAUUUUGUAAAAUUUUUAAAAAAUUUCUGGAGACUGAAGAUAUAUUCAAACAAAGCAAUGACUAUAUUACCAAUAGCAAUCUUUUUGCUGCUAUUGAAAAUUUAGUGAAAGCAGAAAGUAUACGAUAUCAUUUGCUUGCAUUUGCUGAAUCUCACAACGAAUUUAAUACAAUCAAUAAGUUACUCAUACCGUAUUAUGAACCAAUUGAACAAAUUUAUGCCAAAUUUAUUAAUGAAGCAAAGUAUUACUGUAUUCGAGGUAUUGAUAUUAUGCGGGGUCAAAAUCCAGAACCGAAAAAGCAACUUGAAGUGAUUCUUCGAGCGAUUGAAAUUGAUGAAAAAAUUGAUAAAUUAUACGAGAAUAAUCAAUUCAAAAUUACAAAUCGUCCACAUUGCUGGCGUGAAAUGCUUUUUAAAAUAAUUGAAGAACGUGUGCAACAACGUGUGGAAGCAUUUCAAAUUGAAGAUCGAAAAUUAAAUCAAAAUUGGGUAACAAG